GCACACUUUUGCAAACCUGCUCCACCUGACCUGUUCUCGGGGGAUCCCGCUUCCAUCCACUCCCCAUCGAUGCGCUUCAUUUAAGGAUUCAAUAUUACACCUGAGCUGUUUUUUUCUUAUUCUUUUACCAUUUAAGAGUAUUUUGCAUAUUGAAUUUUCCUAGCCUUUGUCUUUACUGUGUGUCUUUUGACACACCUGCGAUCAUGGGUCGCCUGACAGUUGUCCUGCUGCUGUCUUUGCUUGAUUCAAUUUCCUGCAUUCAGUUUAUAGCAACUUUCAACAUGGGAGGAGUCACAGGGCAGGUGCAAUUUAACACCACCUCCAGGAUGGCCUCGUUCAAUCUGUCUGGUACUGGAACCUGUGGUCCACUUAACUUCUCCCUCAACCAGUUCCCCGUCAUGUACGGCCACUUUGCUGAGCCCUGUUCUGAAGCAAAUAUCGGCUCCCGCAUGGAGGACUUCAUGAUGAAUCCCAUAUCAAACAUGCCCGUUCCCCUGCCACCCAACCUCGAGAACAAGACAAACUUCGACGACUACUCGCUGACUUUGCAGACGUGUAGCGGCACUAGAGUAUGCGCAGUUUUGAGUCGAGGUCAAACGGUGCAGACAUAUCAGGCCAGGUUCACCAGCCCAAUCGCAGGUAAUGUUUACAUUCGCCUCAACAGCGGAUCUCCUGAACCCAGGCUGCUUGCAGACCUCGUUACAAUCGGUCAGGUCAAUGCCGUACAAGCCAACACCACAGUCUUUGUCUCCACAAGCCCCGCUGCAAGCUGUGAGGUCCUUCUCGCAAACUUGGAUAACUCUGCUUUGACAACUCUGGGUACUGUAAAAGUUGGCACACCACCAAGACCUGCCAAAUGUCGUCUGUCUCUGAACAGUUUCAACACCAGCCAUCGUUUUCUUCUCCUCCCCAUGGGGUCGAGUUACAUGUGUGCUCAGAUUUAUGCUGUGCCAGAGAAGCAGGUGAGCGCUGUUGUGAACAUGAGGGAGAUCAAAGGAUACUUGAGCUUCCGUCAGGCUUCCCCGUUCGAUGUGACGUUUUUGAGGGUGAACCUUACGAACUUGCAGAACUUGGUGGCUACCUACUUCGUCCACGGUUUUCCUCUCCCCUACGUCACGACUCCUUCUUCAAACCGGUGUACAAACGAUAGUGUGGCCGAUCACUGGAAUCCGUUCAGUCUCAACACAAGCAGUCCACCUUACCCAUCAGGGCCAGGUUCAACCCACGACAUGUAUGAGAUCGGUGAUCUCAGUGCCAAGCACAUGUCCCUCGCAGGUAGAAACGAGGUGGACAUGAUGUUCACAGACUUCAACCUCCCUCUGUUUGGACGAAACAGCAUUGUAGGUCGUUCAGUCGUGAUUCACCAAAUGAAUACUACUAGGUAUGUUUGUGCCAGUAUCGGCUAUCCUGGUGAAGUAACUGUGGCCAAGGCCACAUUUCAGAGCCCUGUGGUAGGGAAGAUUUGGUUCACCCAGCUGAAGAACAACCCUGUGUCCGACGUGUCCAUCUUCAUGGACCUAUCGUAUGGAAAUCCCUCAAUGACGCCAACUAGAAACCACAACUGGCAUGUUCACACCUUCCCCAUCAGCUCAGAGAGGGAUGAUGAUGCGAUGCGUUGCAGCACUACAGGAGGACACUGGAACCCUUUCAACAUCAACACAUCAGACAGCAGCUAUGCCGCCAACUGCGGACCAUCAAAUCCGUCAUCCUGUGAGGUGGGAGACCUCUCCAGCAAACACAGCACCAUCAACCUUAGCCCCAUAGUGGGCAGUGUGGAAGCAAAAUACUUCUUCACUGAUGUCACUUCCUGGUUGUCAGAAUCGGGCAUAAUCGGUCGUUCUGUGGUCUUCCAUCAAGCAGAACGUGGAGGGCCAAGGAUUGCCUGUGCCAACAUCACAAUAGUGCGGGUACCCAAAGCUAGCCUAGGUACCUGGUUUGGCAACCCGAUUCCCGGCGGACAGGUACGCUUCUCCCAGGCUCUCCUACAAGGACCCACAACUAUAAACGUAUCGCUGAUCAACCUGAACGCCAUGGCCGGGGGUUACCAUGUUCACAUACUCCCCAUCACACCUGGCACCGCCGAUCCCUGCUCCAACGCCAACAUCCUCGGCCACUAUAACCCGUUAGCCUUCAAUACAUCAAGCAGCCCACCAGCUGGAACCGGAACAGUGGACCAAUAUGAGAUUGGGGACAUCAGCGGGAAGUUUGGAACGCUGAAUGGCCUCAACCAGUCUGAGGCUGUUUACAUGGACCCUGACAUGCCAUUAACUGGACCAUACAGCAUAGUGGGACGGUCCCUGGUGGUUCACUACACAAAUGGCUCAAGACUGCGCUGCGCUGACCUCUCGGCUGACAGGGAUACAGAUGGACAAUGGGUUGUGGCCACUGCUGUGUUCAAUGGUAGAGUGACUGGCACAGUGACUAUGCGCCAGCAAGUGUUUCCUGAUGGGAGUAGCAGUGAUGUCACAGUGCUGGUCGCUCUUCGAUCAACACAAAAUCCGUUCCUGCAGAUCAACAUGGCAUCCAUGUUCAUCACAAACGGACGAGGAGUCGACACCAGCCAGUGCGCCGGAACGGGAGGAACAUUCAAUCCCUUCAACAUGACGUCCAUGAGAUUGAACUGCUCAGUCUUGAACCCUCUGAGCUGUGUGGUGGGAGAGUUGUCCGGAAGACACGGCAAUAUCAGCCUGACUCAGGGACAGGUCCUCACCGACAGCAUCAUGCAGCUCUUUGGAGACAACACAGUGGUCAAUAGAUCUGUGCUUCUGAUGGACGGAGCCAACGUGCUCGCAUGUGCAGACAUUGUCCCAGAGUCUCCUUCAGCUCAGCAGACCUUCCCAAUGACUAGCUUCAGCAGAUAUGACUUCCGUAGGAGGGUUGCAGGUGUGCUUAGGAUUGCAACCUCCAGAAUCACCAUCCUGCCGCCUUCUCCCAUACCUGCAGCUGGUGGAGUGUGCCAGAGAGUUGACUUCAUGGUGUCAGGGAGUGUCAGCACAGACCUUCUGCAGUCUGUGAAAAACAGUGAGAUGAUGGGCACGUUCAGAGAGUCUGACACUUGUACAACAAAGUUUAUGGCAACUUUCAACAUGGGAGGAGUCACAGGGCAGGUGCAAUUUGACACCACCUCCAGGAUGGCCUCGUUCAAUCUGUCUGGUACUGGAACCUGUGGUCCACUUAACUUCUCCCUCAACCAGUUCCCCGUCAUGUACGGCCACUUUGCUGAGCCCUGUUCUGAAGCAAAUAUCGGCUCCAGCGUCUUUGACUUCAUGAUGAAUCCCAUAUCAAACAUCGUCGUUCCCAUGCAAACCUUCCUCGAGAGCAACACAAACCUUGACGACUACUCGCUGACUUUGCAGACGUGUAGCGGCACUAGAGUAUGCGCAGUUGUGAGUCGAGGUCAAACGCUGCAGACAUAUCAGGCCAGGUUCACCAGCCCAAUCGCAGGUAAUGUUUACAUUCGCCUCAACAGCGGAUCUCCUGAACCCAGGCUGCUUGCAGACCUCGUUACAAUCGGUCAGGUCAAUGCCGUACAAGCCAACACCACAGUCUUUGUCUCCACAAGCACCGCUGCAAGCUGUGAGGUCCUUCUCGCAAACUUGGAUAACUCUGCUUUGACAACUCUGGGUACUGUAAAAGUUGGCACACCACCAAGACCUGCCAAAUGUCGUCUGUCUCUGAACAGUUUCAACACCAGCCAUCGUUUUCUUCUCCUCCCCAUGGGGUCGAGUUACAUGUGUGCUCAGAUUUAUGCUGUGCCAGAGAAGCAGGUGAGCGCUGUUGUGAACAUGAGGGAGAUCAAAGGAUACUUGAGCUUCCGUCAGGCUUCCCCGUUCGAUGUGACGUUUUUGAGGGUGAACCUUACGAACUUGCAGAACUUGGUGGCUACCUACUUCGUCCACGGUUUUCCUCUCCCCUACGUCACGACUCCUUCUUCAAACCGGUGUACAAACGAUAGUGUGGCCGAUCACUGGAAUCCGUUCGGUCUCAACAGAAGCAGUCCACCUUACCCAUCAGGGCCAGGUUCAACCCACGACAUGUAUGAGAUCGGUGAUCUCAGUGCCAAGCACAUGUCCCUCGCAGGUAGAAACGAGGUGGACAUGAUGUUCACAGACUUCAACCUCCCUCUGUUUGGACGAAACAGCAUUGUAGGUCGUUCAGUCGUGAUUCACCAAAUGAAUACUACUAGGUAUGUUUGUGCCAGUAUCGGCUAUCCUGGUGAAGUAACUGUGGCCCAGGCCACAUUUCAGAGCCCUGUGGUAGGGAAGAUUUGGUUCACCCAGCUGAAGAACAACCCUGUGUCCGACGUGUCCAUCUUCAUGGACCUAUCGUAUGGAAAUCCCUCAAUGACGCCAACUAGAAACCACAACUGGCAUGUUCACACCUUCCCCAUCAGCUCAGAGAGGGAUGAUGAUGCGAUGCGUUGCAGCACUACAGGAGGACACUGGAACCCUUUCAACAUCAACACAUCAGACAGCAGCUAUGCCGCCAACUGCGGACCGUCAAAUCCGUCAUCCUGUGAGGUGGGAGACCUCUCCAGCAAACACAGCACCAUCAACCUUAGCCCCGUAGUGGGCAGUGUGGAAGCAAAAUACUUCUUCACUGAUGUCACUUCCUGGUUGUCAGAAUCGGGCAUAAUCGGUCGUUCUGUGGUCUUCCAUCAAGCAGAACGUGGAGGGCCAAGGAUUGCCUGUGCCAACAUCACAAUAGUGCGGGUACCCAAAGCUAGCCUAGGUACCUGGUUUGGCAACCCGAUUCCCGGCGGACAGGUACGCUUCUCCCAGGCUCUCCUACAAGGACCCACAAUUUUAAACGUAUCACUGAUCAACCUGAACGCCAUUGCCGGGGGUUACCAUGUUCACAUACUCCCCAUCACACCUGGCACCGCCGAUCCCUGCUCCAACGCCAACAUCCUCGGCCACUAUAACCCGUUAGCCUUCAAUACAUCAAGCAGCCCACCAGCUGGAACCGGAACAGUGGACCAAUAUGAGAUUGGGGACAUCAGCGGGAAGUUUGGAACGCUUAAUGGCCUCAACCAGUCUGAAGCUGUUUACAUGGACCCUGACAUGCCAUUAACAGGACCAUACAGCAUAGUGGGACGGUCCCUGGUGGUUCACUACAGAAAUGGCUCAAGACUGCGCUGCGCUGACCUCUCGGCUGACAGGGAUACAGAUGGACAAUGGGUUGUGGCCACUGCUGUGUUCAAUGGUAGAGUGACUGGCAGAGUGACUAUGCGCCAGCAAGUGUUUCCUGAUGGGAGUAGCAGUGAUGUCACAGUGCUGGUCGCUCUUCGAUCAACACAAAAUAUCAACAUGGCAUCCAUGUUCAUCACAAACGGACGAGGAGUCAACACCAGCCAGUGCGCCGGAACGGGAGGAACAUUCAAUCCCUUCAACAUGACGUCCAUGAGAUUGAACUGCUCAGUCUUGAACCCUCUGAGCUGUGUGGUGGGAGAGUUGUCCGGAAGACACGGCAAUAUCAGCCUGACUCAGGGACAGGUCCUCACCGACAGCAUCAUGCAGCUCUUUGGAGACAACACAGUGGUCAAUAGAUCUGUGCUUCUGAUGGACGGAGCCAACGUGCUCGCAUGUGCAGACAUUGUCCCAGAGUCUCCUUCAGCUCAGCAGACCUUCCCAAUGACUAGCUUCAGCAGAUAUGACUUCCGUAGGAGGGUUGCAGGUGUGCUUAGGAUUGAAACCUCCAGAAUCACCAUCCUGCCGCCUUCUCCCAUAGCUGCAGCUGGUGGAGUGUGCCAGAGAGUUGACUUCAUGGUGUCUGGGAGUGUCAGCACAGACCUUCUGCAGUCCGUGAAAAACAGUGAGAUGAUGGGCACGUUCAGAGAGUCUGACACGUGUACAACAAGAAACGCUGGUUUGCGGCUGAUGCCGGGAACCUUCCUUCUGGGGAUGUUUGCUGCCGCCGGUCUGCUGCCAACCGCAGUUUCUUCAUAACUUCGAGAUUGGGCCCCAUGGUGAAUUAUAAUGGAUCCUCGGAUUGUGAAACUGCUAUUUUGUUUGUGAACUGUAACAUGUGCUAUGAUCCUGAUUAAUGAUCAACCAAUGAAUAUUUUAAUUUCUUUGCAACUCUUUAAUCAUUUUAAUAAACCAGCGAUUUAACGGUUAACUGUAUUCUUAAUCAAGACUUUGCCUAAAUUUGGACUUGCAAUGUAAAAUGGGUGGGUAAAAUUUGAUGUACAUUUUUCAGAUCCCCAACCUUAUUUCUGAAGUUAUGCACAAUUUAUGUAUUUGUCAAAAUGUAAACGGUGUCAGAAAUGGUGAAUAAAAUAUAUUUCCAGGACUUAUUUGCCUAAUUGUCUCAUUACAUGAAUUUAUGAGCAAGUUGAUUAUA